AUGUCAUUCGGAAAUCGGUGGCUCAAGAAACCAUUAUUGGAAUACCCAGUAGUGGAUAUUGCAGGGGGUUAUAGAGACAUGUCGCAACCAAAAAUGUCAAUCGGUUGUUUUGAACUUACUGAUAGUAGGUCAAUUAAAAUGGAAUUUGCCAAUUUUUUGAUAAAAGGGGUACCAUUAAAACAGAAAGCAGAAGAUGAAGAAAUUUCAGAGAAUGACAAAAAGGAUGAACCAAGUCAUGGAGACCAUCAAAAUAGGAAAAUAGUCAGUUACAGAACAGAAAUAGUUGGAGGGGUGGUAGUACGUACACCUGUAGAGCACAGUCGGACCUUUUGGUUUUGGCCUCUGUUGACCCCAGCAAUUGAGGCGAGUCUGUUUGUGAAGCCGCCCAGUGCCCCGAAACCUGUGGGCAAUAAUCAAAGUGAUAGCGACAGUGAAGAUGAUGUGAUUGCGAAAACGAAGACAUCACAAAGAAGUACAUCUCCAUCUAGUGUACAGCAAGUAAUUCCUGCAACUACAGGUCGAAGUGUCAUUAAGGCGGGCUGGUGUGUAAAACAGGGAUUAGUCAGGAAAAGUUGGAAAAGGCGGUUUUUUGUACUCGAUAAUCUUGGCAUAUCCUACUUCAAAUCCGAUCAGGAUAAAGUUCCAAUAAGGACUAUUCCACAAAAAGACAUCACCUCAUGUCAAGUGUCAUUACUAGGACCCCAACUUCAGAGAGACAACCUUUAUGAAAUUUCGUGCUCUGGGCGAAUUUUUUAUGUGCAGCCUCAUCGGCUUGGUUAUGUGACAUCAGUAUAUUUAGAUACUCAGGACAGAGCAUCAAGUGUACCAAAGAAUCAGCUCUCCACUUACAAAGUCUCAUAA